UUAUCGUUAGACGAUAUCGUUUCGACGAUAGUCUCACUUCACGUAAGACGAUAAUCGUCAAAGCGAUAUCGUCAAAACGAUAGCGUUUGCACGAUAGCUAAAUAGGUAUCGUCUGUCAUUAAUUUCCAAAUUCAACUAAGCAAAUUGAAGUCAACAUGUUUCGACGUAAUUUACUUUUGUUACAAAGUGGAAAUGAAAACUCAAAAAAAAAAAAACAAUUAAUACGUUUACGAAGACAAUUAAGAGAUGAAUCAGACCCUCUUUCUGUUCCAACCCAUAUGUAAGCAUUUUAUUUUAUAUACAAACGAAAAUAUGUACAUAUUACUUGUAAAAUAAUUUAACAAAAUUGUAGUUUUAUUCAACGUUUUCGCAUUUCAAAAGAGGCCUUUAUAAUGAUACUGGAAACAAUAAAUUUGCCAGACGGUAGUCGUUCUACAUACAUACCUUCAAUAUUAAGAUUUGCUAUAACUAUUGAGACUUUGGGUGGCGGAGGGUACCAAUGGUUGACAGGCAACGAUUUUGGACUCGCUCUUGCACAAAGCACAUUAUCCAAAAUAGUUUCGGAAACAACAAACGUUAUGGAAGCCAAGCUAUGUCCCCUGUAGAUAAAAUGGAGUCUAUCUGGGGAAAACGAAAAGUCCGAAAUAAAGCAAUGGUUUUAUCAAAAAUUUUCAAUACCAGGAGUUGUAGGUUGCAUAGAUGGCACACAUUUUUAUUUACAAAGACCACGGGAAGACGAACAAAUAUUCUUUAACAGGAAGGGAAAACACAGCGUAAAUGCAAUGGUUAUUUGUGAUCAUAAAAUGAGGAUAAUGGCAAUUAAUGCUAGAUACGGUGGAUCUGCACACGACUCAUUCGUAUGGAAACAUUCAAAUGAAAGACAAUUUUUCGAAAACACUUUUAAUGUACGAGAACAUAACUAUUGGCUUUUGGGUGAUAGUGGAUAUCCAUUAGAACCUUGGUUGCUUUCACCAUAUAGAAGCUCAUCCGAUGAAACGAAAAGUCAUUUUAAUAAUGUUCAUGCAAAAGCUAGAAAUGUAAUUGAACGUUGUAUCGGUAUUUUGAAAGGUCGAUGGAGAAUUCUCUUGGAAGAAAGAAAGAGUUGCUACGAACCGAUAAAAAUUGCUACCUUUGCAAAUGUUUGUGCUGCUCUACAUAACAUAUGUAUAUAUUAUAAUGUUGAAAAUGGUAACAUUUUAAUAGAGGACGAAAACUUCCCUAGCUAUGGAUUGAGCGAAUCGCAAAUAUCAAGUGAAAACAAUGCAAUGAAGCAAUUAGCAAUUAAUAUAAGAGAUGAUAUAAAAAAUUCGUUUUUGACAUGAUUAUUUAUUAUUAUUUAAAUAUAUUUAUACUAGGUAUAUUUCUGAAAAAAAAAAAUUAACACACAAAAACAACUGCAUAAAUUAGCAUACAUAACAAGA